AUGGAUAUCGACGACAUCCUCCGGGAGGUGGACCCCGUCUUCCACUCGAUCCCCGCAGAGACACGCGACCUGCAAGCCUUGACGCGCGCCUGGGUGGCAGAACGCUCCGCCCCAGAGCUCCUCGAGUGGCCUCCAGAUAACCUCUUUGAACGCGUCAAUGCCCGCAUCAAGGCCCAAAUCGAAAAAGUGGAAGACCUGACGGGCGACAUGGACCCCAAGACGAACUUCGCCCUGAUCGUGAUCCAGACCGAGCUUGAGCGCUUCAAGUUCCUCGUCCGCAGCUUCCUCCGCGCCCGCAUCGCCAAGAUCGACAAGCACGCCCUGCACUACCUCUCCUCCCCGCUCCUCCGCGCCCGCCUGUCCGAGACGGAGCUGGCCUACGCGACGCGCCACCAGGCCCUUCUGCAUAACCACUACCUGUCGUCGUUCCUGUCGUCCUUCCCGCCCGCACUGCAGAAUCUGAACGACACGGCGGGGAACAUCAGUAUGAUUGACGGUCCAGACCUGGAUACGGCCGUAUUCAUUCGACUCCUGCGGGACGUGGCUGUGGAGGGAAAGGGCACGGAUUCGGAUGGUGUUGUGGACGGCAAGACGGGUGAUAUCUUGAUCCUGAGGUGGUCUAGCGCCAAGACUGUGGUUGAUUCGGGCGACGCGGAGCUCGUCUGA